AUGUUACCAUUCUUCAAUUACGUUGCCAAGGAGAGCAAAUGCUAUAUCACAAGAGACCUCCAGAAAAUCCAAUCAGCAAUGCAGAAGGAUAAUCAGGGGAGACUAAGCAGAAUAGAGAGUCAGCAGACGGAAAUCCAGGAGAAUCUGAAAUACCUGCUGGAAAUACUUAGGAAUAACAUCCCGGAAAACUUUGAGGAGAGGCUGGUCAGGAUGGAGGAGCAGCAGACAUCUUUACGAGGAAUUCUUAAGAAAAUUCCACUUGAUAUCGCGGAGAGACUAGGCAGAAUGGAGGAUAAACAGAAGUCUCUUGGGGCUCAAUUAGAAGCUCAGAUCAACGCAGAAAAGGAACAGAAAUCCCAGCUGGAAGGAUUUAAGAAAACCAUCCCAGAAAACUUUGAGGAGAGGCUGACCAAGAUGGAAGUGCAGCAGACAUCAUUGCAGGAAGCUCUUAGGAGGAUUCCAGAGGACUUAGAGGGGAGAAUGGAUCGGAUGGAGAAGCAUGAAACCGAUAUACAGAAGGACAUACAGACCAGGAUGGACACUCAACGGGCCGCACUUCUGGACACCCUUUCCCUCAAUUUUACAAAGAUCGUUCGGCCGCAGUUUGAGCCAAUCGGCUCCAGAUUUUUCUACAUCGAUAGCAAGUAUGCAUACAACUGGAAUACAGCGGUGAGUACCUGUCGCGAAAUGGGUGGCUAUAUAGCCUCCGUUAAGGACCAAGAAGAACUGGAUGCAAUCACGGCGAAACUGGAUAAUAAACGCUACUGGUUGGGCAUAAACAAUCGAGCCAGUAAGGGGAACUACCUGUCAGAGGCAUCCGGAAAGAAAGCCCAAUUUUUAAAGUGGCGAAGUGGAGAGCCCAACAAUAUGGAGGGCAAUGAGAGAUGCGUUGAACUUGUUGACGGCGAAAUGAACGAUGAUAUGUGCUUCCGAAAUCUGCAUAUUAUUUGCCAAAGCGACAAUGAAGUUUAG